AUGGCGCUUGAAGCUCUUAAUUCACCGAGAUUAGCUUCUCCAGUACCGGCUCUCUUCGAAGAUUCCACCGGAUUCCAUGGCGUUGAGCAUUGGACCAAAGGUAAGCGAUCUAGACGCUCCAGAUCUGAUCAUCCUCAUCAUCUCACUGAGGAAGAGUAUCUCGCUUUCUGCCUGAUGCUUCUCGCUCGCGACGGAGAUCGCGGUGGUUCUGUGUCGGCGGCGGCGGAGGAGAAGCCGAUUUACAAUUGCGGCGUUUGUGAGAAGACGUUUCCGUCUUACCAAGCUCUCGGCGGUCACAGGGCCAGUCACCGGAAUCUCUCCGGCGGUGGCGGUGAUGAGAAGAAUUCGCGGACACCGUCCAUCGCCGUCGUGAAGACACACGUUUGCUCGAUCUGUCAGAGAUCGUUCGCCACCGGUCAAGCUCUCGGCGGCCACAAACGGCGCCACUACGAAGGAAGUAGCGUCGUUUCGAAUUCGGAAGGUUUGGGAUCUACUAGCCACGUCAGCAGCAGUAGCCACCGUCGAUUCGACCUUAACAUCACGCCGGUAACGGAAUUCUCGUCGGACGACGAAGUGAUGCCGUCGAAAAAGCUCCGUCUCCAGUAA